AAGAAGAAGAAGAAGAAGAAGAAGAAGAAGAAGAAACCUUAAUCGUCAGAUGUGUGUUUCUGGGGGAAGUUUGACGGGACAGCGCAGGUUGUAGUUGGCAGAAGUUGUAGUGGUUAGUCGUAUAUUUGAUGGUUCUAAAAUAUAUUAGACUGCAGGGUUUCAUCAUCUGAGGGGCGGACAUGGUCUCCACGGUCCUAAACCCCGACGUGAAGCAGAAGGAUGCUGAUCGUGCAGUGGUCGUCGCAGUCACAUCUUGUGCAGUGUUUGAAUCCGGGGCUGAAGACGGCAAUGAGGUGUACAAAGAGGGCACGGCGUUCCCACUGCUACAGGCGCUCCAGAGAGUGAAUGCUCGUCUGCUGGAGGAGAAUCCUGCUGAGUCGCUGCUGUUUGAUGUCAUCCUGGUCACCACUGACGGGGAGCAGCAGCAGCAGAGCUCCCGCAUCAUCAGCAGCACAAGACAUUAUGGUCUUGAAGUCAGCAAGUUUUGUUUUUCCGGCGCAGAGGAUUUCAAUGAGAGUUUGCUGACAAAUAACGUGCGGCUCUUCCUGUCAACAGACAGAAACGAGGCGUCACAGGCAUCACAGAAUGGUGUUCUCUCGGCACUGCUGGACCAGAACUUGGCCUCCUGCCCAUCAGAGCAGCUCAGAGUUUUGUUCUGCGGAGACGCCGUCAUCCGUUCCAGCAUCAGCCCAAUGCCAGUGAGCCAACAGGCCACCCAGAGUUUCUCGGCUCAGCUGGGUGAGAUGCGGCAGCGGUUCGGCAUGUUCGACAGCCCUCUCAGCAUGGUCCUGAUGACGGCACGUGGAGGCAGGGAAAGCUGCUCCGCCGCCCUGCUCACAUUGCGGUCCCAUGGCGUUAGCGUGGAUGAGGCUUACUGCCUGGCCGGGGCACCUAGGGGCCCCAUUCUGUCCCUAAUCCGACCUCACUUCCUGCUCAGCAACGGCCUCAGUGACCUGGAGGAGUGAUUCCAUCAUUAGCUGUCUCAUGACUUGUGUCUUCCUUUAUUGUGUCUUAAAGACCAAAUGCCAAAUCCUCAGUCGGGACCAUUUUGUCUCUUUCAACCUCAGUGGUUGUGAAUAAGAGUGUUAUGUUACUGGUCUAUGCUUAGGUAUAAAAAUACGUAUUGCUCUUUAUUGCUUGUCACUAUAUUGGAAACUUUGUACUUUUGUCCCUGUUGAAAUGAUGGCUUUAAUUCAGCAAUCUGACUAAUUCAGAGUUCUGUUUCAUUUUCGAGAAUCCCACUGAAUGUCAAGAAGAUCAUUGUGGGAUUGUUGGAUGCUGUAAGCAAAUCGUAGAGUAGAUUUUUUGAUUUUGACUUCCUGUGUGAGGAUUUUAAUGGAAUAUUUGACCAUUAUACCACACUAUAUAGUAUCUCUGCUUAAGCAUACUAAUUCUGCUUGUGUAACAGCCAAGAGGAAAUCAGAGCCACAAAUCUGAGACUAUGCUCGUCUCCCACCACCAAGAGCUCAAAGAAGCCUUCAGCCUGUGUCUGGGUUUUGGCUUGACCAGGAGGCCUUCAGCAUGUGUUUGUGUCUUAUCUCCUGGGAUUUUACUAUUCACAGUUCAAAUAGGUACACACACAACACACAUCAUUCUCAUACAUUAACACACACUCACACGCCCAUCUCUUCACUGCAUCUACAUAAAAAGCACAAGCCUGCAACUGUAUGAUUGGUUGACCUUCCUUGCAAGGAAUAAAGUAUAAUUAGAAUAA